UCGACGACGGAAGCUUUUCAGUUAUGGCGAGGAAUUUGGAAAAUAUGGUCAAUCAGGCCAAUGCCCAAUACGUUAAAAUUGAUAAGGACCGCGAGCCGUACACCGUCCACUACAACGCUUUGAGGGAUAAGGUGUACUCGGAGUGGAAGGAAUCAGGAGUUCUAGGCACGUUGCUAAAGGGAAGCACACUUUGCGGUGGAUAUGGCGAUAAGCUCAAGGUAUCAAUGCCCGAUGAGUUCGACUUGUUGAUCCAUCUGGUGUUUCCCGAAAAUGACAAAAUCAUUGUCAAGGCCGAUGCGAGUAAGAAAGGCAAUGUCAUUCUGGACAUGACCAAGGUGAUGGAGAUUAUCGGGAGUCAGGAGCACAACAAGUCAGUGUUUGAUCUCCUCCAGAAAAUCGUGAACAAGAAAAAUCAGCUGCUGGAGGACAAGCUGAACAGCUUACUACAGAGCAUAAUGACCCAGACGCUCAACAAAAUGGGCAAUCAGAUCGAGGUGGCAGGCAGGAUCUCGCACCUUGAAUACAAAAAGUGCGGCCCCGCUCACACGAUCUUUGUGAAGGGUCCUUGCAAGUACUCCGUGGACUUUGUUCCAGCCAUCAGGCUUUCAGCAGCACAAGUGGUCUUGGCUCCCGAGCAAAGGAGACAUUUUGGUGACACGCUCUACUGGGAUGCCAUACCGAAGCCCAUGAAGCCAGCCAAAACUGAUAACGCAUCCUUCAGGGCCUCCUUUUAUGAGGCAGAGCGCAGUCUGCUCCUCGGGAAGCAGUUCCUCAAGCCCGCCAUCCGCCUGCUGAAGCAGAACCGAAAUGUAAAAAAUAAGGCCAACCUGAAGAGCUACCACAUCAAGACUUUAUUUCUGUGGCAGGUUGUCCAACAGGAUGUCAGUUACUGGAGUAAUUCACCAAAAGAUAUAUUUAUUGAGAUGUUGGGCAAGUUGGCGGACUCCCUGGCCUUGACGCCGAGGAAGGGCAAGCUGCCCUUUUUCUGGGACCCCAAACUAGACAUGUUUGCCGAGUUAAGCGACUCCCAGCGAACGGAUUUGUUCAACCACUUCAGGAAAUGCGAGUACACCUUCCGCAAAGACAAUGGAAAUUUGAAUGACUGCACCGAAAACAAUGUGCACAGCUCCUUCAGUAUGAACACCACAUAAAAUUUCAAAUUGUAACAAUUGUUAUUAAAGAUUAAUAAACAAAGUGGCCGCAUGCUCCGAUCCUCAACCUAAAGCAAAUACAAAACCUAAUGAACAAGAGAAGCCUUUGGAGGGUGCCACCUGAAAUGUGAAGUCGAAGGCACCCAACAUCACUGCUUAUGAAAAGAAGCCUGCUGUUUGAAAGCAAACAAAUCCAAAUCCCACUGAGCAGGAGAAGCUUGACCUAACCAAGCGGAUGGUCAAACGAAAAACGCAGCAGAAGCAAGAAAAACAGAAGCGUACCGAUCAAAUUAACUUCAAUCCAGAUGCGAAUGGUACGGAGCCCAAGACGAAGGCCGACCCAGGCUCAUUUACUCAUUUAGGGGGAAGUGUUGGCG